GAGAGAGAGAGAGAGAGAGAGAGAGAGAGAGAGAGAGAGAGAGGGAGUUGUUGUCUGAACGAUGUCACUUUCUGUCGGCAUUGUCUGCGUUCCAACACAUUACUUAGUUCUAGAAGUUGCUGCAAAGAUUUGAUGUUUCAAAACCUCUUUCUUCUUCUUCUUCCAUUUUCACACCAAACCUUUUUUUUCUUCAUUUUCUGGGUUUUGACUAUUGAAUCUGCCACAAAAAAAAGAUUUAAUAUUUUCCCACACUCUCACAUUGAAUGUUGUUGUGAGGGGAAUCAAUCAAAGCACUUAUUCGCCGUUGAAGUAGAAGUAGAGAGUUUCUUUUCCUGGAGAGAGAGAUCUGUCUAAAGGGCUAUCGCAUGGUAGUAGUAGCAGCAGCUUGGAAAGCAUCGGAGAUACUUAUCUUUGUUUCCAAAUGUCAGCAAUUCCUAGAGCAGCAGCCAUUGGAGGUGCUGUUGGAGCUCUUGUCUUGAUUGCUCUUUUGUGUUUUCUCCUUUGGUUUUGCAUCUUCCGCCGCAAAAAUGCUUCAAGAACUUCUGAUGAGACUGGCUCCUCUGAUCCAUCAACUCAAGGAAGAAACGUUGCGAUUGAGUUGUCAAUGAGAGAAGCUAGAAGGUUUGAAAUGGAGGAACUUGCUCAAGCCACCAAGAGUUUCACCAACAAAAGCCUUAUCGGUAUUGGCAAGUUCGGUGAGGUUUACAAAGGUCUCCUUCAAGACGGUGUUCUUGUCGCCAUCAAGAAAAGACCCGGCUUGCCUACCCAAGAAUUCGUCAACGAGGUUCGUUAUCUAUCGUCUAUCAAUCACCGUAACCUUGUAACUCUAUUGGGCUAUUGCCAAGAAAGCAACACGCAGUUUCUUGUCUACGAAUAUGUUCCUAAUGGAAGUGUUUCCAGUCACCUGUACGGUGCUGGUGGUAAAGUACCUGGAAACAGACUAGAAUUCAGAAACAGGCUUGCAAUAUCUAUAGGAGCAGCUAAAGGCUUGGCGCAUCUCCACUCUCUGAGUCCUAGGCUGAUACACAAGGACUUCAAAACCGCUAAUGUUCUUGUGGAUGAGAACUUCAUUGCUAAAGUUGCGGAUGCAGGAGUCCGCAAUUUCUUGGGGAGAGAGGAUGUUGGUACAUCUUCUAACGUUGUUGCAGACCAGAUCUUCCUCUCCCCUGAGGUUCAAGAGUUCAGAAGAUUUUCAGAGAAAAGUGAUGUAUAUGCUUUUGGGGUAUUCCUUUUGGAAUUAGUAAGUGGGAGAGAAGCAUCAGAACCAUCCCCUUCAAGCUCAACACAAACUCUUGUCGAAUGGAUGCAAAGCAUAACGGAUUACACUGAGAUACCAGAAAUGAUUGAUGAGAGACUAGGUGGUACAUACACAGCAGAAGGAGUGGAGGAGGUUAUUACACUGACAUUAACAUGUCUUGAUGUUUCAAGUGAGAAGAGACCAACAAUGAGUUAUGUUGUGACAGAGCUGGAGAGGAUAUUGGAUAAAGAAGUGAGCUUAACAACAGUCAUGGGUGAAGGUACUCCAACUGUUACUCUUGGAAGUCAGCUUUUUAAAUGAUCAAAAAGUAUACAUAUAUAUAUAUUUGAGAGGAGGAUGAAGGAGAAGAAGACUGAUCAGCUGUUUCUGUUAAGUGUAUAAAGAACAGCUGAGCUAUUAUUAUUUGUUUGUUUGUUUUUUCCCCUCCUUUUUUCUACUUCCUUUGGAGGUUAUUUUCAGCAAUUUUUUUUUAAACGAGUGCAGAAAAUAUAACUUUGUAAAAAAACAUUAUUUAUUGAUGAUAUAAAAAGGAAGCAAAGAGUGGAAUGUUGUGUGA